GGCCUCUACGGGCGGGGAUCGAGCAACAUGGACGGGGCGGAGGAGGCGGAGAGCGCGGCCUGGGCGGCCCGGCCCGACCGGCGCAGUUACCUGCUGGGCAUCCGGCCCCAGAACAGAAAGCCAAGUGGAGCUGAGUCUGUAGGCUGAAGAGCGAUGACCUAAGGCUGGAAGAUCAAGAUGCGGAGCUGGGCACACAGGGCUCUUCACACCCACCGCUAAGAUACAGAAUAUAUCACACGUGUGAACUUUGCUCUUCUCUGGAAACCUCCUAAACGGGCCAUUUCCCUCCCCUGUGGUUGUGUGGAGGGGGCAGCGUGGUCUCCUCUGCCCCAGCCACCUCUUGUGCCACAGCAGAGGCGCUUUCCAGGGGAUGGAGUUAAAACCGGUUCUAUCCUCAGUCUGUCUUAGCCUGGGGAGGAAGGUCUCAGGUGGACCAGGCUGUUAUCUCGCGCUUUACAGCAUGACCUGCUCCGAGGAGAGGAAGGCGGGACAGCUCUUACCAACAACUGUAUUUUCACCUUCACGGCCACAAAUAAUCUUCUGCGCACAAUCGGUUUCCAGGAAAGUGUCAACGUACGUUUGAUUGUCCAGUAUUUGCUGUGCUUUCUUCUGCUCUUUCUCAUUCCUUCGUGUCUUUCAACUCGCUACCGGUUUAAUUUGGAUCAUAAAGGCAGCGAUAAUUCAGAGUUAAAAUACACAGAUCUGAGCCCUCUUACAGGAACGUGUACCUUAAUUUAUCGUUCUCCACCUUCUCCGUUAAUGAAAUCUAGCUGUAAAUUGUUACACGCAAGUCUGUGUUCGUCUCGGCUCAAAGUAAAUCACCUACAGAAAAAAAUGCCGUAUUUCUCCAGCUCCGACAUCGAUUCGUUCCGUGACCUUGACAAGCAAAGACUCAAUACAUCCGUUUUCCACUCUGUAAAAUAACAACGUGACUCGUACAGCUCCAUAGCACUCACUUUAUCGCAGCGUUGCUGAUAGUUACUGCCAUGGUAUAUGAAACACAAACGCGCUCCUUCUGCGUGUGCAUGAAGUGCUUGAUAAGACGCGAGACACAGGGCAGGGAAAAGCUCAAGCACAACCAUGUGUACAUGGAAACUUAAUUAUUGCCUUUUAAAUGUUGAAAACGGUUCGCUCUGACAGCUGAGAAGGCGCUCGGGGUGGUUUGUAUUUGUCUCAAGCAGAGUUAACCUUGGAGGCAGAGAAGUUCAUGUGAAAUCUUACACUUGGAAGUCCGCGUGUGUAAAACAUGCCCCAUAAUGUCACGGGUCGCGGUGCCAGCCACAGGGACCGCGUGCGGGACGGCCCGGGCGGCCCCGGCCCCGGGGGCUUGUUCUCAGGAGCUUUGUGCAACGUUCCCUCUGCGAAACCACAGCACGGAGGGCUCGGCUUCGCUGCCGCCGCUUUGCUGUUUACCGGCGGAUGGCUCGGUUUUUGUCCUGCGGAAGAGCACUGAAAUGUUUCCUUUGAAAUUAAUGAAAUGAGUGACUGUUGCAGCGCGAGCAGAUCAAUUCUGUUUGUGCGUGUGAAGAUGGAGCCUCCGUGAAGCCUAUUUCGGGGUCUCCUGGGCUAUUUUGACUUCCAUACGGCGACGUGAGCUGGGAGGAGGAAGAUUUCUGUAUCUCAGGGAGAAGAAAUACAGAGAGAGGAGAAUUCCAUGGGAGGGCUUAGAGAAGGUGCUGCAUUUAGAAUUACGGGGUUUAACUUUUUAACAGUUAACUUUUCAUUACAUGGGGUGAUGUACCAGCCUGGCCCAUCAACUCGAGCAGUAUUUUAAACGACGAAAACAAGUGUUGUUGACAGUUCUGCCUCCUCCUCUUGCAGCAAGACCGAAAUUUGACAAGUGCAUGAAAAACGGGAAGACUGGCUUCACUUCCUGAGAAUAUCAGGAGCAGUUGAAGGCCUAAAACCUUUAAGAGGAUGAUCAGUGUCCAGAGGAGUUUGAAAACAUCGAAUGAAAUGGAAUUCAAAGAGCUGAGGCUGGUGGAAGGUACAUAGUAGAGGGGCAUGAUUCUCAUGGUCCGGUGUGACUGUGGUUAAUAACAAAAUCUGUGUUUUCAGGGCUUUUCGCAAGCUGUGAAAAGGUGUGAGACAACGGAGGUUUUCCUGGCCGUGCCCAGCAUUAAUGUAAUUAACACGAAGUGAAGCGCCACCUGUGCUGGUUGAAGCAUUCAGAGCUGCUUUUCCUCUCUCCGGGCUUCAAUCUCUAGUCUGAAAAGCAAAUUUUGCUCAGUUCCGCAGCAUAUUGAGGUUAAACCUCAGUUAAUGUGUGGGUCUUUGUGGUUAUGGCCUUUUUCUUUUGAUGAUAUCGGAGGUCCCCAGGAGACCCUCAGCCCGUGCUCAGCCGCGUGUCUCGGGAUGUGCGGUGAAUAAAACCCAGGCUCUGCAGAUUAAAACAAGUACCGACGAGGCUCACGGUUUGAUCACGUCCAUGAGCACAAGGUGUUCGUGGCAUCGUGGCACAGACACCUUCAUUACGCCUCUGGCUAUUGGUGCGAUUUUCUUCACGUCCGAGCCAAGUCCUGAUUCGUAUGCAAGGACGUGGGCUUAAAACCACAUUUCUGCCUAGGCCAGCGUUCUCCUGCAAUCGUUUUAGCGUCUUUGCUGCUGGCUCCUCAAGCAAUGCUGCGUCCUCAGGAUUCCUGGGGGCCAAAAGGACGUUUUUCACUUGUGUUUGGAUCCCGAAAAGCUGGGAGGAGCACCUUCUGCGCAAUCAUUUCUCAGCUGACGGAGGAAACGCAGCCGCUCUUUGAAACCACUAUCAAAUCCCGGGCUGUGUCCGAGGACUCUGACGCUAAAUUCACGUGCAUAGUGACAGGGUACCCGCAGCCAGAGGUGACGUGGUAUAAGGACGAUGAGGAGAUGGACCGGUAUUGCGGCUUGCCCAAGUAUGAGAUAUUCCGCCAUGGAAAUCGCCACACGCUGCAGUUGUACAAGUGCCGAGAGGAAGACGCAGGCAUUUACCAAGCCUCGGCCAGGAAUAACAAAGGCAUCGUCACCUGCUCUGGCGUGCUGGAAGUGGGAACCAUGACGGAGUUCAAAAUCCAUCAGAAGUGGUUUGAGAAAAUUAAGAGGAAAGCCGAAGCGAAGUUACGAGAGAUAGAACAGGGCAAGAAGCGAGGGAAAGAGAACGUGGAGGUGGAGAAGUUGCAAGGAAUGAGUCCCGAUCGACUCCAGCGGAAGCGGAGGCUGGCCAGGGAUCUGAACCUCCGGUCCGGAGCCUCUCUGUGGGAGAAGGAGGACGCAGCAAAAGUGCACGUUGCUGAUUCUCAGUCCAGAUUACGUGAGGAUAUUGCUGAGCCGAAGGAGCAGCCGGUCAGCGGGAUGACGGGUUUUACAAACACGCUGAUGGCACCUUUGAAAGCAGAGGUGACCACCAACGGAGACGCCUCUUUGGAAGGUGUGGAGGAGAACGGGUACGGCUUCCUCGCGUACAUCUACGAGACGGUAGAGGACCUAGCCGGUAAGCCGAUGGCCAAAGACUCUGCGGCUAAAAAGAAAAAGAAGGUGGAGGCUCCUCCGGCAGCAAAGAAGGAAGUUUCCAAGCGAGAAGAAAGUGGGCGCGAGAGGGCCAACCCCUCUCCAAACGCGCGGUUUGCCCCUCCUGUCCCCUUACGCAGGAGCGCACGUUUGAGGGCGGCGAAUGAUCAAGAAGUGGAAAGCAGUCCGCAAAUCCAAGAGCCCGGGAAAGCUGUGAACCAGGACGCUAAAAUCAAUGGUGACGUGCGCUUCUCUUUGAGAGAGAUGUAUUUUGAUACCGAGGUGAAGCCGGCAACAGGGCAGGGGGAGGCGGGAGCCAAGGAAGAGGCUGCGGACGGGGCGGUCAGCAAGCAGACAGAGGCUGCCCCGUCGUCCGCAGAGGUGUCGGAGGCAGCGCCUGUGCCAUCCAUGGGACAGAGAGGCCACCACCGAGCGCAGGAGGCGGAGGGAAACAAAGCCGUCGGUCCAGAGGUUGCAGCAACAGUGGGACAGUCUGCUGAUGACCCAAAGCAUCCAGUGUCCGCUCCAGCCGUAGAGACGGGUCAGCAAGCCAAGAAGGUAGAGGAGCUCAGGAAAGAGACGCCUGUCACCCCACAGUCCAGGGGGGCCGGGAAAAGGACAAAUCCUCGGCUGAGGCCUCAGGAGCCACCAAAGCCACCAGCACCUUCUCCAGAUCACGUGCAGCCCAGCGAGGAGCACCCUCCCCCUAGGAAACAGGCAGAAGGACAUUCCGGUGCUCUUGAGGGCAGAAAGACCCAACAAGGACUGUUAAAACAAGAGGACAAAAGCCAAGGCGAGGAAGAGCCGUUGCUAAAGAAAUCGAGUCCUCCAGAGCUUGGUCAAAAUGCUCCUCUGGAGCAAAUCGCCCGUGAGCCAGCAGUCAAGGAUGGGACGAGCAAAGAGGCAGGAGCAGAGCUGCUCAGGAGCCCCCGUGCUGCAGAGGCGGGAGGGAGCAUCAUGGCAGAGCCGUCUCCCGGGGCUGUGCGCAGGGAGGCUGGAGGGACAUCUCUGGGACAUCAGGAGCCUGGAACACCAUCUCCCGCACCAGUUCCGCUUGCCAAGGAAGAGCCGCGUCCCGCUCCUGCGGCAGAGACAUCAAUGGCACAGGAGGCACCGCGUGCAGCUCACAGCGUCCCAGGGGUGAAGGUGACAGCAGAACAGGUCCCGACUGGGGCCCAGCGGCUGCCUCCUGUGAGCAGAGACACGGAAGUCAAAAAUGCAGAUGGAUCUGCCCCGCAGGAGGAGUUUUCAGCCAGCACGUUGGGGAAAGAGAGCACUAAAGCAGCGCCCAUGGGACCUCCAGGGAGGAAAGGAGGAGAGCAACCGGCCACGGCUCCGCGCCAGGAACCGCCAGCACCUGCAGGCGCUUUUGACAGAGGUGUUGAAGUUCAGCCGCAGGUACCGCCGGUCCUGCCUGCCCCCGAGAGACCUCAGGAGAUGUCUUUGGAGGAGAAGAUGCAGCACAAAAACCUUGUUUCCUCCUUGAAGAACUAUCUGCUGCUGCUUUUAAAAAUGUCAGACAGCAGUAAGGACGCCACAAAAGAAGACACUGACCCCAGGGAUGAGGAGCAGCCCGAUGCAGAAGUCGCACUCCCGGAGAUAGGCAUCGCAGGCCUGAGCCCCCGCACCUCCAGGAGGGUUUUGGAAAAGGUACAAAACAAUCAGCUCUUCCAGACAGCAGAGAACUUGCCUCUGACCCCCAGGACAUCCAGGCGGAUCACGGGCAUGAUUAACGAAGAAUUCAUCAGCAGCAAGGAGAUGCUGGCUGCCAGGCCUGUGCCACCGAAGAGGCGCAGCCGGGCGGCUCCGGAGGCGGAGGGGCCACUCCAGCUCCCUGUGCCCGCCAUCGUGGUGGGCAGCAUGCCGGCAGCAGGAGCAGGGCAGCCUCCUCAGAAUAUUUCCAACUUUCCUCCCGUGGGCCCCGAAAAAGAGAGCCCUGGCGACCCUCUGGCAGCGCUGCCCUGCGCCACGCCGGAGGAGCUCGCGUCCGGGGCCCGGCGCAAAAUCUACCUGCCAAAAACCAAGCAGAUGGGGGAGGAAGAGGAGGCGACCCCAGAGAGCCCAGGGCAUCUGAGGAGUCCUACCGUUUCACCACGGCAAUCCAGGAAGAACGCGGCUGCGCUGCAGUGUCCUGUGCCAGCUCCGUCCCCUCCCGCAGAGCAGCGCUCGCCAGCCCUCGGGAGGAAAAUGGCCACGCUGGAGGUUCCCAAGCUGUACGAGGAGCCCGUAGGUGACAGCGCUGGUGACCACGAGGGCCCUGAAGAUGCUAAGUCAGAAGCACAGCCAGCAGAGUCCAAGAAAGCCAAUAACCCAUUUAAAGCUCCACAGGUGAUCCGGAAGAUCAGGGCAGAACAAUUUUCUGACGCGUCAGGACACCUGAAACUUUGGUGCCAGUUCUUCAAUAUUUUGAGUGAUUCAAAGCUGAUAUGGUACAAGGACGAGAUCCCUGUAGCCGAAGCCCAAAGGAGCGCCGGAGACGAGGGCCAGGCAGCCCUGGCCGUUGUGCAGGCGUCCCAGAAGGACUGCGGGGUCUACCGCUGUGUGAUCAGCAACGAGUACGGCACUGACGCCACCGAUUUCCUGCUCAGCCCAGAAGUGCUGUCGGGAUUUAUCUUGCGGGAAGAGAUCGAAGUCGGGGAGGAGAUCGAGAUGACACCCAUGGUGUUCGCCAAGGGUUUGGCCGACUCAGGCUACUGGGGCGAUAAGCUCUUCGGGCGCGUGGUGAGCGAGGACGUGGAAGUGGGCGCUGGUUUCCUGCGCAAAGCCUGCCGUGCCAGAGCCAUCUACGGCCUGGAGCCCGUCUUCGAGUCCGGCCGCACCUGCGUCAUCAAAGUGCACAAUUUCAUUGUCUUUGGGACCAAGAACGAGAACAGCCUCAUCGAGAAGAACUACGAUAUCACCAUCCAGGAAUGUAAAAUCCAGAACUCCAGCCGCGAAUACUGCAAGAUCUUUGCUGCCGAGGCACGAGCUGUCCCUGAUUUUGGAGCGGUGCCCGAGAUAAUUCCUCUGUACCUGAUUUACCGACCGUCUAACAACAUCCCUUAUGCCACGAUGGAGGAGGACCUGGGCGGGCCCUGUGAGCAGUACUGUGUCACUGAGAGAGAUGGCAGCUUGGUGGCACGAGGCACCUCGGAGAUCAUACUCAAAUGCUGCACCUUCCAGCAUUGGGUCUACCAGUGGACAAAUGGAAACAUCCUUGUGACUGACAUGGAAGGAGUGGGCUGGAAGAUGACCAACGUGCGGAUCGCUACCAACCUGAAAGGGUACCAGGGGCUGAAGGAGAGCUGCUUUCCCUCCCUGCUGGAGCAAUUCGCCGCCGCUCACCAGUGUAACCACUACUGCAGCAUCCUGGGCCUGAAGCCACUGGAGCCACCCAAGCCCAAGGGCUCCAAGAGCCCCUCCAUGGGUCGGAAAUCUGCCCAGUCCAGCCCCCAACUCCAGAAGAAGGGGCUGGCGAGUCCCCAGGGCACCCGCAAGGCUGCUGUGAGCCCCAAGAGCUCCCGGAGAGCUGCCGAAACGGGGGAGGCCCCAGCAGCCUCCAAACCCGGCUCAGGAGAGAGCGUUGAGCCUGGCCACCCGCAGUAGCUGGAGCCGCUGCGGCUGGGACCCCCAGCUGCAGACCCCCGGGUCUGGACCCCCAGCCAGGGCAGCGCGGGGCCGGGCUGGGAAGGGGAGACCCUGGCAGCGGCCGCUGCCGCCGCUCCCCUCCCUUGGGCUCCCGCCCCGUGGCACUUGCGUGGUGUGGUGUGUGCUAGUGUGAGCGGCUCGGCUGGGGUCACGGGGGGCUGUGAGCCGUGGGGGGCACAGGUCUCCCCCAAAUACCUCUUGACGAGCUGCUGCUGGUGGUGGAGCCUGCAGGGCCGUGUGCCGUGCGCUCAGGAUCACUUUCCUUUCGUGACUCUCUGUUUGCCUUCCUUAAGGGACAGGCCAUCAUCCCCGCUGCCUUGGGCUCCCUGCCUGGCUCCCCUGGGCAAACUGGGAGCCCGGGCUGCCCUCCUGGCUCCCAGCACCUCUUGUCCCUCUUUGCGUCCUCCAAAAAGCCACCGCGCCAAGCCCCGCCAGCAGUCCGUGUCCAGGAUGUGAAGCCCAGCAGCACCCCGGCGGUCCCGCCUGUGCCGGCACACCAGGAUUUAGGAGGUUUUGCUGCAGAGGGGUGUCGUGGUUGAGCUGCAGGGCUCCUGCUGCUCUUGUGCGGGGCUCUGGAUGCAGGACACGGGUGUUGCUACUGGCAGCUGCACAGGGAUGGGAUUUCGCACCCCCGGCCCCCCUGCGGCCUGGGGUGAGCCUCUCACCCCCUCGCAGGGUGGCUACUGAGGACAGUGCUGCUGCAGGUGCCACCAGCGCCGUGGUAAGGAUGCUCUACCUCACACGGGACACCCGGGGCAAAGGGGAGACCCCUCCUGUGUGCCAGGCGCUGCUUUGGCACAGGCGAGUGUCCAGCCCGCAGGACUCACCCCCACACAGGGCCCGUCCGCCCCGCACAGCCUCACAGCGCGGCCUGGUCCUGCUUGCUUAGCAUCACCCCUGCUUGGGACGUGUCCGACCCCCGUGGCAGCAGGAGGCAGCCGUGGACACGAACUGAUGCUCUCACUGGAAGGUAAAGCGCCCUGCGGUGCACCCAGCCUCCCUCAUGGCCGUCGGCUCACUCAGGCGUGUGGUGGCCACCGGAGCGUGGCCGUGGGCAGCCGGGCCUGCGCAGAGCCCUGUGCUGCCUGGCCGUGCCAGAGCAUCGCCUCCCUGCGCCACAGAGCGCCGCCUCCCUGCGCGGGAGCACCAGCGGUGCCACCCGCACGCCUGGCCAAGGCCUGGGUGUCCAAAGGGCGGCUGGGUGCAGGCCAGCGGGGAGCGCAGCACGCUGCGGGGUCCUGGUGCUUCGUUGUUGUAAAAUAACCAUGUACAUAACGCGGCCGCGUUGGUGAAUGGGUGCUCUCGAGUGCAAUAAAGCGCAAAGGACUGGCCUGUU